GCGCGGCAUGCAGGGUUGCCAUGGCGACAAGCUCAGCGCUGGCUGGUGACAGGCAUGUCGGGGGUGAUGAGGCCGGCCCGUGACGUAAGCGGCGGAGACGAGAGACGAGCUGGCCUGGUUGCCCGUAGCACUUUACAUUAAACAUGGAGGAGAGAGAGAAGGAGCUCGGCGGGGGGGAAAAUCAAACAGGAGAUACGGAAGGAGGUGACGGCGGACAUGAAAGUAUGAGGGAGGAGACAGGAGAGGGGGCGGGGCCUCCGCUCAGACCGUCCGUGCUGGACAUCCAGCUGGCUUUGGAACGUCUCUGUGAGGAUCAGUCCAGAGACCAACUGUCAGAGUCUGACGGACCUGAUUCUUUGUUAGAACCUCACCCAGAAGAUCAUGAAGAAAGCAUUUCCAGGCUCCAUUCCCCUGGAAAAAUUGUGAAUGAGCUUUUUAAAGAAGCAAAAGAACAUGGAGCUAUGACUGCAGAAGAAGCCAUCAAAUCAUCAGAAAAAAAUGUUUUUAAAGCUAAGUCAUUUACUGGAGGUGGUUAUAAACUAGGCGAUUCAGCCAUAAACCGGUCUGAAUAUAUACGUGAUGAUGAGCUUUUUCCUGGAGGACCAGAUGUUGAAAUAUUGCUCAAGCUCUGGAGUAAUGGGUUCAGUUUAGAUGAUGGAGAGCUAAGAUCUUAUGCAGAUCCAGUGAACGCCCAGUUUCUGGAAUCCAUUAAGAAAGGGGAAAUCCCAAUUGAACUCCAUCGUCUGGUUCACAGUGGGCAAGUCAGUUUAGAUAUGGAAGACCAUCAAGACCAAGAAUAUAUAAAGCCAAGAUUAAAUUUUAAAGCCUUCAGUGGUGAUGGGAAAAAACUUGGAAGCUUAACACCUGAAAUAAUAAGUACACCUUCAUCCCCGGAAGAAGAACACAAGCCAUUUUUAAAUGCUGAAGUUGAACUUGAUGAACACGUGCCAACAACAAAAAUUCAGAUCCGGCUUGCUGAUGGGACUCGUCUUAUCCAAAGAUUCAAUCUCAGCCAUAGGAUUAUGGAUGUGCGCCAGUUUAUUACACAGUCUCGAUCAGAAUUUGCACACACUGACUUUACUCUGGUCACCACAUUUCCCAACACAGAACUGACAGAUGAGAACCAGACGCUGGAAGAAGCUGAUUUGCUGAACACUGUGCUGCUUCAGAAACUAAAGUAAUGAUGCUCAUUCAGGAGCUAUAGAUGAAGAAAAAUUAAAAAAGUGCCCUUCACAGCCUGUGACCAGUAAGAGCCAACUCAAACUCACAUGACUGUUCACUUUAUGCAUAUAUAUUUUUUGUAUUUUUGUUGGCCUGUAGGCA